UCAGUUGUCUCACGACAUCACAGCUUCGCGGUCGCCAGAAGGGUACCUGUCAAGAACGAGAAGAGUAGUACUUGUGCGAUGAGUGGCCGACGUGAUGGGACUUUCUUCGGCGACCCCGGCAUGAGAGGGAACGGGCCUCCGAACAUUGAGGGCAUGAUCACCCUCAAGGUGGACAACGUACCUUACAACUCGAGCAUCGAUGACCUCAGGCGCAUCUUCGAAAAGUAUGGCGAGCUUGGUGACGUUUACAUGCCCAGGGACCUGCGCACCGGAGAGCCGAGGGGAUUCGCCUUCGUGCGGUUCAUGGACCAGCGGGACGCAGAUGACGCCAUCGACCGCAUGGACGGAGAAUUCUUCGCCGGCAGGGAGCUUCGGAUCCAGUACGCCAAGAAGAGGAGGCCCGAAGCCAGCGGCGGGUACGGAGGAGGCGGUGGAUAUGGCUAUGGGGGAGGAGGAGGAUACGGUGGUGGCGGUGGGGGGCGCUACGACAGGCGUGACGACUACCGCCACUCCAGCCGCCGCAGCCGCAGCCGCAGCCGCUCGAGGGACCGUCGCCGCCGCCGAUCCAGGAGCGCCUCUCCCCGCCGCGAGCGGUCCCGCGACCGCCGCCGGUCAAGGUCCAGAUCGCCCCUCUACUCCCGCCGCCGCUCCCGCUCAAGGGUUAGCUCCCGCUCCCGCUCCCGCUCGCCGGCGGCCAAGCGCAGCAGCAGGCACCGGGACGGCAGCGAAGAGGGCGGCGGCGGCGGCGGGCACAGCAAGAGAGGCAGGGACCGCCGCGAUUCCAGUGCUGAUGGCGGCAGGGACGGCGAGGCCGAUAAGCGCAAUGGACACCGUGACAGCAGCCCGCCCAUGAACGGCGGCAGCGGCGGUCAGAGCAACAGCCGCCGCAACAGUGAUGCCGGUAGCGCCAGCCCCCACUGAUUCAAGUGCGAGGGGGUAGGUGUCCUUGGGGCGAAAGCGUGGUUGGUUUGCGCUGCAAAGGCCGCCGCUCACUGCUGGCCGCACGACGCGAGAUAGUCUCUCCGAGUGUUUUUUUUUGUUGUUGGCGUAGGGGCCCCGUAGUAUCAUUCUUUGCAGCGCAUGUCGGUGGCAAACAAGUAUGGAAUCUUGAAGGACUUUUCGCCGAUUAGUGUGUAUGCAUUCCGACGCAACCUGUGUUUUCUUCUUUUUCUUCGUUGACACGUGCCUUCCUGUUUAGCACUGUAGCAGCCAUGGUGUGUAAAUUCGGGUAUCGCUUGCGUUGUUUCUUUCAUGUCGUGUGCGGCAGCUCUCUGCAUAGCUUUGCACCGUGGUUACCGGCAUGAGUCGAGGCCGCGAUUGCUCGUCUUGCGUGCGGUGGUGCUCUUUUGAGCUGAACACCCCCGAGGGCACAAAGUUCUGACGGUGCUCUGUUUCGUUACUCGAGGCUAAGUUAGCAAAGGAUCACUUCGGUUGGAAAGGAGAGGAAUGAGAGAAGCACGCAAGAUGAGUACAGAAGGGUCGAUCAAGUUUCUGAUACUUGCGGUUGGGUGUUGUGGGUCGUUUCAUGUAUUGGGCGUCUAUGGUAGUGGAUAGCAGGGGGGGUUCUUUGAAACUCAGCCUUGCUUCAGUGCCAAAUCAGUUUCGGUUGACUCUCGCUUUUCCAUGUUUGGGUCACUCUCUGUCACCAUUACAUUCGGUCUCGACACCUGGUGAUGACUCUUGUGUUGCCACCAAUAGAAACGGGUCCUACCUUUUACGUACCGGAUUGUUGGCGGGUAGGAUUAAGAUAGGUGGUGGCCACGGCGCUGCUGUGUGAUAUGUAUGCAUAUAUUAUUGACUUGAGUCUAGUCCACCUUUCUGGCCCCACAAGUCGGGAUCACGCGGGAAAGAUCGACCGCUAUUAGUGGGUUUGAUUCCCCCCAUUUUCUUCCGAGUAAAAGCGAGCUUGUUUGGGUGGAGCAAGGCACUGCCUCGUUGCAGGCUUGCAGCACUUCAUUUGUGCUCUAAGUAUGUGGUCUCCCGUGUUAGUGCGCCGCUGGUGGAAUUGGCUGGAACAGAUGGAAGCAUCGAUCAAGUAGUUCAAUUACCCCGCUUCUUUGGGCGGCCCAGGAAGCUAGAGAGUCAAUUCGCUUACCAUACACCCGCACUAUGCAGGGAACUAACUCCACUUGCCAGCGUAGCAUUGACCAAUUCUCAAACAAUGUGCGUGCUCCCCAAUUCUCAAUCCCUGCCUCAGGGCCGUUUUUACUUUUUUUUUUCUGUUCUUUUCUACAACACCGGUGGUGACAAAAGUAGAAGUACUUUCUGUUCCAAGUCCUGAUUAUUUUGUACUGGUGUUAUUGAAGCGUACAUACUGCAUGAACGCGCUCCGAACCCUCCGUUGAGCUGUUGGCCCUUGAUCACGGAGGUCCACGUCAGUUGUACGUACAUGUGUCGGGGUAUGUACGUUGUACUCCAAACUUCGACGACCAUCAAUCAAUGUAACAUGUUUUCAGGUACGUACGUGCAUGUGGGGACAA